AUUUGCAUUUCCUGUUUGUCUGAUGAAAGCGAAGCAAGCGUUUGGUUCUUCUUCUUCUUCUUGUCCUCUUCUCUUCGAAUUUCAAAGAGAAACCUGAUAUGGCAACCAGUUGGGCAUCUUCAAGUAAAGAAAAUCUAAACUUUGCUCGCCUUUCUAAGUUAUUGAUUGAUGGUGGAACACGUGCCUUAAGAGAUGUAUUUGACUCGAUUCAUCCACCAAGCUCCCUUCACAGCACACUAAUUAGUAAGGCAGUGCAUUCUACUCUAAAGGGACUGAGAGCGAAGAGGAUUCUAAAUAAACGACAAUGGGACAGACUCUACCCUGCUAGCCGAAGCACAGCUGUCACUUCAGUAGAUUUUGACAUCACACUGUUAUUUGUACUGUUGCGUAAUAUAUGUGGUUUAACACCCCCASCAACMGGAUGGGACAAGCCUCCUGUUGCUACAGACCUGAGUAGAGAAGCUGAUUUGGCUCAAGUCAAAUAUUAUAGAAAUGAACUUUAUGGCCACAUUACGGAAACAGCUGUUAGUGACAGUGAUUUUGAGAAAUACUGGAGUGAGAUCUCAGAUGUGUUGGUGAGACUGGGUGGACCUCAUUACAAACCAGAGAUUGAGAGGAUGAAAAUAGAUACAAUGGACCCAGAAGAGGAAAAGAAUUUUAUUGGAGCACUUGAAGAGUGGGAAGAAAUGGAGCAGAGAUUAAUUAGAAAGAUGGAUGAGAUUCUUGCUAAGAGAGUGAAAAAAAAUUCUGCAGAUGCUUCACAGGCCAAAGAAUAUACAGAAAAACUGAAGUCAUCCAUUAAACAACAAACCGAUUUUCUGUUGUCAGAGGAAGAAGACAAGAAAAUUAGAACCGAUGACRUCUUUACGAGUGUGACUAUCCAACGCRGUMMAAAACACUUCVAGGAACCCAAAGMAARGAGAUUUGRCAGGAGGCAAUUGGAUGAAAUUCAAGCGAGUAGUACGAAACUCACGAACUGUUCAGAAAUGUUUCUUUGCCCGGAAAAUGAUGAUCAGAAAUCUGCAGCUUCUUGCACGACCAAUCCUAAAUCUGUCUUGUUGACGGGCAAAGCAGGAAUUGGAAAAUCCCUUUUUUGUCGGAAGCUGGUACGGGAUUGGUCGCAUGACCGAUUGUUUGAGGAAGGUCAAGAAAAUGCCAAAGUACCUGAUUUUCAGUUUGUGUUCCUGUUAACAUUCCGUCAACUUGUUCUUCCAGAAGAAAAACUUAAUUUGCGUGAAAUCUUAAAUAAGUCCUCCCUACUGAACGAGCACUCAGUGAUAGACGAGCCAUUACUUCAGCACGUGAUUGAAAAUCCUGAGAAGCUGCUCAUCGUUCUUGACGGGUAUGAUGAGUAUAAACAACGAAAGAAAAUCACCGGGGACUUUGAGUCAAGAUAUUCAAACGACCCUCAUGAAAAAAUACCUGUUCCUGCUCUGAUUGCCAAAAUUAUGAAAGGAAAGAUGUUAAAUGGUGCAGUGGUCCUCGUAUCCUCGAGGCCUGAAGAAGCCGAGGAAUUAAAAAAAAUUGUCUUUGAUGUGAGAUGUGACAUUCAAGGAUUUUCUUCACUUCAAGUGCUAGAAUACACCGAAAAAUAUUUUAAAAAGAACGAAAGCAUGAAGAACAAAGCACUUGAUCACAUCAAAACGAAUGAAAUUCUUUUAAGUUUUGGUCACAUUCCUGUCAUGUGUUUUCUAAUGUGCUACUGCAUUAAGUGGUACAUGACUGAAUCAAAAACCACCGAAAAACUACCCGUCACAAGGACAGAACUUUAUCAUCAAGUAAUCAUAUUAUUUAUCAAGAAACAUUCCUCUUCUAAAUACGAAGAAAUGGAAGAAACUAAAGUACAAGAAAUAUUACAUAAACUAGCUGAACUAGCGGUGAAUUUAAUGAUGGAAGAUAAAUAUAUUUUCGACGAAAAUGAUAUGAAAAAAUUCAAYCUUAACGAUGAAGAAAUAACAAACCUGAAAGCGAGUGGAUUACUUGACUGUUGUCCUGGCGUUAAAAAAUCUCCAUCCGAGAAACCACCACUUGAAUUUACGUUCACCCACUUAACGAUUCAAGAAUAUCUCUGUGCUUUUUUGUUCGUAGAGAAAAAACAAAUCCCAGAGAAAAAGAAAACGAGCGAUGUGACAUUCAUGUUCAUGGCGGGAAUGUUUUCAAGAGAAAAAGAUGGAAAAAUGAUGGAAAAGUUGAUAGAAAAUAUCAAACCAAGGUAUGAAUACAUGGAGAGGAAUAAACUGCUAACUUUAUCCUGUCUGUACGAGUACAAAGACGAUGGAUUUUCUACCAGAGUAAUAAAUAACCUUAAACACAUAUACUGUCAUAGGGAUGGGGAGAUUGAAUUUAAUGGAAUAACUGAUAUCGAUUGUUUGUACAUAAGUUAUUUAUUAGAUAUAGUGAAUUUAAUCAACGCAGAACAAACUAAACAACAUCCAAUAUUUACACAGUCAUUCAUUGUUAAUAUAUUGUUCAUUAUUGAGUCAUCUUUAUCAGCAUCAGGGAUCAGAAUGUUGUGUAAUUCUCUUGUUCGUAUUUCUACUGUUGAUGUACUGUUGCUGUUUGUUUGUAAAUUAGACGAUGAAUGUGCUAAAAUAAUAUGUGACAUGUUGCCUCGUACUAAGAUAACACGCCUAGUACUAGGUGGUAAUAAUAUAACAGAUGUUGGUGCUCAGUGUCUGUGUUCAGUAUUAAAACGUGAUGAUUGUCGUGUAAAAGUGUUAGACUUACUGGGUAAUAAUAACAUAACAAGUGAAUGUAAACUGUGUUUAAGACAACAACWGAUCCCUGGUGUURASUUGYAUAUUUAGAUCAAUAAAACUGAUAUAUGUAGAGAAUAUUGAAUGAAACCAUAAUAAACGAGUAGAAUAUAAUCUGUUUUUGUAAAUAAUAUCAUAUUUUAUUGAAUAAUAAAGAAAUUCUUGUA